AUGGCGUCGAUUUGCGAGACCGAUAUCCCGCUGCAACUGAAGAAGAUCGACGCUUUCGUCGCUUCCUACAGAGACUCCCUCCAAACACUCACAGCCACCGCAAUCGAAACCGCGCGAUUUCAAUCUGAGCUGACAGAGGUUAAAGCUAAACUGAGGGAGGCUGAGGAUGAAUUGGUAAAGGCACUGGCAGUUAAGACUCGGAGAGAGGCAAAGCGAAUGGCUCUGAAAGAUGCUAUUGCUUCUGUGAAGGAAAGAGUUGAGGUUAUGAAGACAAGGAUUCAGAAGCAGAGAACCAAGAACGAAAAAUGUGCCACUGUUGUGUCGCAACACUGUCUUGUUUUGGCAGCAUCUGAGCAGAAAUCAAAAGGAAGCAGUGAACUUAAAGAUGAGAUCCAGGAGGCCAUAUCUUGGUACAAUAGGAUCCUUGGUUUUCAUGUUGAAGGUGGACGUGGGGUAAAAUUCACUUUCAAGAAUAUUAAUGUGAACAACCCAAAUGAGGAGUUCUAUUUUACCAUCCGACAUGAAGAUGAAAUGUAUACAUUGCUAUAUUGUGAACCAUCUCUCAAAGAUAUCAACGAGUUAAUCCAUGAAUUAAACAAGACAAAUGGGCUAUUUAAAUUUGUCAGAACGAUGAGGAAAAUGUUCCAAGAAGCAGUGACACAAGGCAGUCUAUCUAUGACAACGAAUGAACACCAAGAAUCCGCCUUUAUAUCUGCAUCUGCUCCAAUUUUGUCAAUAUCAACCAUUACAGAAGAAAAUGAGCAUCAAGGUGAACCCACCAUAGGUAAUACACAUCUCCAGAAACAAGUCAAUCGAAGAAGGGUAAAAUCAGCAAUUCUAUCUCCUGGAUCUGCAUCAUCUGUUCGCCAAUCUCCUCGUUUGAGGGUAAGAAUCAAAUUGGCCUUUUAUUUGUUGAAUUAA